AUGAGUAACCUGAAUAAGUUAGACUUUGCUCCAUUAGAAACAACAGGCGCUGGAUACUACAAAAGGGUCAGUGAUGUGCGCCAACAUCUUAAGGUUGAAGGAAUUCUGAAUACGAUGCUCGAGCCAAGUCAGAACGUGCUCACUAUUGAACAAGCUGCCGCUUUUGAAGCGAAUCAAGCUAAAGCCAUAAUUCUCAUGACAAGGCACAUGAAUGACUUACUCCAAAAUGAGUACUUUAAUGAAGAGGACCCUAGAAAGCUAUGGGUAGAAGUCGAAGAGCGAUUUGACAACAUUCAUGACUCCCUGCUUCCUUACUUAGAAGUGAGGUGGAACAACCUCCGCUUCUCUGAUUUUAAGUCUGUACUUGAUUAUAACUCGAAAACCCUUCUUAUCAAGUCUCAAAUGGAAUUCUAUGGCAAGAACAUCACUGAUACAAUAUUGAUCGAGAAGACGCUCUCCACCUUCCUUGUCUCUGCACUGAUGAUUGCUAAGAACUAUCAGAUUAAUCUCAACUCAGGACGUAUCACAAGUUGCGCUCCCAAGGGAGGACGCAAGGAGCUAAACUUUAAAACUAGGGAUGAUUCAGGAUGUUCUAGCCUAUAUUCUCGCCCCAAAGAGGAAGGUAACUACCAAGAUAGGCGUGCAUGGAACUGUGGAGGUCAAUGUAUGAGGAUAGAGGGAGGCAGAGCCUCUGGCUAUGGUGGUGGCACCACCAAGGAAAAUAGAUGUCCCCAACGCGCCCCUAGAGCGCCUCUAUCAAGGGAGCCCGAACAUAAAGAUGUUUGUCUCAGACAUGGAUUGUUUGGACAUUGGGUUAAAGCUUGCAAAGCAUCCUAG